CACCGGGGUCCUGCAGAGCGCUGUAUCCGCUCAUCGACUCGGCAGAGGCAGGACGGGAUCAUUGAGGAUACUUGACAACUUUUAGAGUCUGCUAUGACAUCUCGCAGGUGGUUCCACCCCAACAUCACUGGAAUCGAGGCAGAGCAGCUCUUGUUAACCCGGGGAGUCCACGGCAGUUUCCUGGCCCGGCCAAGCAAGAGCAACCCUGGGGAUUUUACCCUGUCUGUCAGGCGUAACAAUGAGGUGACGCACAUUAAGAUCCAGAACUCUGGAGACUACUAUGACCUGUAUGGAGGUGAGAAGUUCGCCACGCUAGCCGAGCUUGUGCAGUAUUACACUGAACAGCAGGACCUCCUGCGUGAGAGGAACGGCCAUGUCAUCGAGCUGAAGUAUCCGCUCAACUGCAAGGAUCCAACCUCUGAAAGAUGGUACCAUGGGCACCUCUCUGGCAGAGAUGCAGAAAAACUCCUCACAGAAAAAGGCAAAGCUGGCAGCUUUCUAGUACGGGAGAGUCAGAGUAAACCUGGCGAUUUUGUCCUGUCAGUUCUCACCAAUGAAGAGAAACAUGACAACGUUGACCGCAAAACCAAAGUUACCCACGUUAUGAUUCGCUACCAGGAAGGCAAGUAUGACGUGGGAGGUGGUGAAAGGUUUGACACCUUGGCCGAUCUGGUUGAACACUACAAGAAGAACCCCAUGGUGGAAAAAAGUGGCAUUGUAGUGCACCUCAAACAGCCUUUUAACGCCACAAGGAUAAACGCUGCCAACAUUGAGAACCGAGUACGAGAACUCAACAAAGUAGCAGACAACUCGGAGAAGCCCAAACAAGGAUUCUGGGAGGAAUUUGAGGUACUUCAGCAACAAGAGUGCAAACUGCUGUAUCCCCGGAAAGAGGGCCAAAAGCCAGAAAACAAGAGUAAAAACAGAUACAAGAACAUCCUCCCCUUUGACACAACUCGAGUUGUGAUCAGAGACUCAGAAUCAGAUGUUCAUGGUUCAGACUACAUCAAUGCCAACUAUAUCAGAAAUAUGAAUGAAGACGGGCGCCAUGUAGAAGAGAGUAAAGUCUUCAUUGCCACCCAGGGAUGCCUGCAGAACACGGUGACUGACUUCUGGAAGAUGGUGUAUCAGGAGAACGCACACGUCAUCGUUAUGACCACCAAGGAGAUGGAGCGGGGAAGGAACAAAUGUGUCCGUUACUGGCCAGAGCUCCAUGGCACUAAAGAGUUUGGAAAAUUGCUGGUGAGGAAUGUGGAAGAGCAACCCGCACAGGACUACAUCCUGAGGAAGCUGGAGGUGAUGCGCCUGGACAGGAAAGAGCCUCAGAGGUACAUCUGGCACUUUCAGUAUCUGAGCUGGCCUGACCAUGGGGUGCCUAAUGAGCCCGGUGGUGUCCUCUGGUUCCUAGAGGAAGUCAACCGCACACAGAGUACCAUUAAAGAUACUGGACCCAUCGUUGUCCACUGCAGCGCAGGCAUCGGCAGAACCGGCACCAUCAUUGUCAUUGACAUCCUCAUUGACAUUAUUAACCGCCAAGGUCUGGACUGUGACAUCGACAUCCCGAAGACCAUCCAAAUGGUACGGCAGCAGAGAUCUGGCAUGGUACAAACAGAGGCCCAGUAUAAGUUCAUCUACAUGGCGGUGCAGCAGUAUAUAGACACUGCUCAGAAAAGACUGGAGGAGGAGCAGAGGAAUAAAAUGAAGGAGAGAGAAUAUUCGAAUAUCAAGUAUCCCCAGAUGACCAACUCAAGGUCUAAGCACAACAUGACAUCCUCCCGCUCCUCUUCAGUAAUGACAAAUGAUGAUUCUUCAAGUGUGUACGAGAAUAUAAACUUCAGAACCUCUCAGACGUCUUUCAGCAGUAAUACCAGGAGAUAAAAUUGCUGCAGUGGACCUGGUUUUUCUCUUAUGUGCCUCUGGCUUCAGCAAAGAUGUUGCCUGGCCAGAGUCUGUAAAAUCCCUUUGGGGUGAAAAGGUUACGUUAACGGACCCUGGCCGGGUCAUGAAGGCGGUGAGCUGACUACUCUCCUGCUGCCGUGCUGCUGGACCUCUCAUUCUGGAGUCUGACCCCACCCUCUGUAACAGCGAGGAACCUACAGAAUAAUGCUCUCAUCCCAGGGUCUCUGCCCCUACCCACCCUCUGUCUGUGUCCCAUCUAACACACCCUGACUCAACCAACUUAAGUGCCUUGUGACAGGAUGUGUCUGUAAUCCAUAGCCUCCCUUAGCCAGCUGUUUCUUCUCCGUUUUUGUUUACUCUUACUCGCUGAAGCUAACCUGCUAAACAGGCACUUGCUUGGUGUGACAAAUAUUAGGCACUGGGUCUGACUGAACGAAGCUCCACAGGACCUGAGUCGAGGUCAGAACUAAGCUUUUUGCCAGCCUGUUCCCAGAAAUCCUUCCUCUUCUGUCUUUGCUGGCUGCCAUUUGAUCUUGAACCUUGCACUGUUUUUGCUCUGCUCUGUCUCUCUGGUGGGGGUUUAUUAAUGUGGACGCUGAGUGAUGAAAAGAGGUUGUUACGUAACCUGCUACAGGGUCCUGAGGCUCAGGAAGGGCAUGCAAGCCCACCCUUCUUAUUCUUAUAAAAGUACUGAUUGAAUUCUGGGUGUACAAGUGAACUGGUUUAAUUUUUUUAAAGUGACAGAAGAUGUUGUAUGUAAUCCCCUGCUGUUGUAAAUGCUAAUAAUCAGAUGUUCUGUUUUUAGCCCUGGGCAUAGUGGGAUAGUUUUCCACAGAGAACUGGUGAUUUUUCAAAUGCGUGUCUUUGUCCCUCUAAGUAGUCCCUCUUUUGAUACUGAUUAUGAUUUUAUUGUGUACGAUGCAGGUAUAAUGGCUGUGUAAGAUGAUUAUAAAGCAAUGUUUAUUUUAAUAUAUCGAGACUAUUUCUAAAACAGUGUUAUGCUUGAGAAGAUCAUGAUUUAGCACAUCUAAAAACAUCACCAGAUUCAGUUCUGAUGUUUCCUGAAGUCCAUAUUUCUCUAAAAAUCAGUGAGAGAAGACAUUCUGAAUGGACAUAGCGAGUUGAACUGUGUCCUCAAUGAGCUGCAGGUCUGAUGUAGUUCAACAUCUGUCAGACGGGAUUGUCACAAGGAGACGAGAAAAAGGGGGCGAUUGCAGUGGGCCAGAUGGCCAUCUGCCUGAGAUUAAAGAAUAGAUUUGUCUCCAAAAAGUAAUUUAGAAGACGGCUGUAAUCCAGGUUUGAUGACAGCCGGGCGAGUAAACUGUCGUCAUUUAUGGGAUAAGUAGACCGGUGCUGUAGUGCGACGAGCCUUCUGUGCUUUCUGGCAGAUUGUUGGAAUCCAGAAUCCAAAAUACCUUGUUUUAAGGCAAGAGUAAACUCCUUGUUCAGCCACAUCAUUAAAACCAUUGAGAUGCUGUUACCUCCCCUAAACCUUUUCACAUUUUUUCACGUUAAGACCCAAAACGCCAAUCCAUCUUCUUGAGAUUUUAUAUGAUAGAUGAACACAAAGCGGUGCAUAGUUGUUUACUGGAAGUAAAAUGAUGGUUUAAAAAGAUCUACAAUUAAAAAGCUGGGAAAGUUUGGUGGACAGUUGUAUAGAGCCCCCUUUAUUCUGAUACCCCUAAAUAAAAUCCAGUAUAACCAAAUGCCCUCAAAAGCUGCCUAAUUAGUAAAUAGAUCCACCUAUGAAAUUUAACUCUCACAUAGUUCGGUUCAAUCCAUCUUUAGAAAAAGGAAGGAGUAACUGCAAAUCUAAUUUGGCAUAAUUUUUUAGAGAAGGUCUUUCUGCAUGGAGUUAGCAUGUUCUCCCCGUGCUUGCGUGGGUUCUCACCGCGUACUCCAGCUUCCUCCCACAGUCCAAAGACAUGCCUGUUAGGUUAAUUGGUUAAUCUAAAUUGC